GCUGAGUGCCACAGAAAUUGGCUUGAUUUUUUUGUUCCUCUCGAUUUUUAUUGAGGUGGCUUUGCAAACUUAGGGAUAGAAAGGCCGAUGCUCUUAGCCUCUUAGGAGCAGAAAGUUCAGUGUCUCCGCUCCUGCUGUUUUCAAAUGUCUCCCACUGUGUUGUUGAGUUGCUCUUCCAGUAUCAUUGGUGCUCUCAAAUUCAAUCUCAAGUCGGAGCCAAUUGUGAAGUUUUCCCCUGUUGUGCAGCCUUCAAUCAGGUCCACUCCGCCGCGGGUGAUUUUUUUGAUCAAGUCAAGCAGCAAUAAUGGCUCUGGAAGCUCUUUACUUUCGAAAAAUGUGGGCAUGACGUGUGCUGAUUGCGAGGCUACCGUCGUCGCCGGAAAUAUUCCUGAAGCACCUCCAGUUCCGCCUAAGCCGGUCGCUCCAGCUGGUACCCCUAUCGCUACUUCGCUCCCACUCAGUAGGCGCCCACGUCGCAAUCGUAAGUCACCAGCAAUGAGGGCUGCUCUCCAAGAAACAACUUUGAGCCCUGCAAAUUUUGUGUAUCCUCUUUUCAUUCAUGAGGGUGAAGAAGACACGCCGAUCAGGGCUAUGCCAGGAUGUUUUAGGCUUGGGUGGAGGCAUGGACUUGUUGAAGAGGUCUCAAAGGCCAGAGAUGUAGGUGUUAACAGUAUAGUGCUCUUCCCAAAAAUUCCAAAUGCUUUGAAGACUUCGAUAGCUGAGGAGGCCUACAAUGAUAAUGGAUUAAUCCCUCGAUCUAUAAGAUUGCUUAAAGACAAGUUUCCUGAUCUUGUUAUCUACACUGAUGUCGCUUUAGAUCCAUAUUCCUCUGAUGGGCAUGAUGGUAUUGUUAGGGAGGAUGGAGUUAUAAUGAAUGAUGAAACUGUGCACCAGUUGUGCAAGCAGGCAGUUAGCCAAGCUAGAGCAGGAGCUGAUGUUGUCAGUCCUAGUGACAUGAUGGAUGGUCGUGUUGGAGCAAUUCGAGCUGCUCUUGAUGCUGAAGGAUUUAAUGAUGUGUCUAUAAUGUCCUACACAGCAAAGUAUGCAAGUGCCUUUUACGGUCCUUUCCGAGAAGCACUGGACUCCAAUCCACGUUUUGGAGACAAAAAAACUUAUCAGAUGAAUCCAGCAAAUUUCAGGGAAGCAUUGGUUGAGAUGCAUGAAGAUGAGUCUGAAGGGGCUGAUAUACUCCUGGUCAAACCAGGUCUACCUUACUUGGAUAUUAUCAGGCUUCUUCGGGAUAGAUCUCGUUUACCCAUAGCUGCAUAUCAGGUUUCUGGUGAGUACGCCAUGAUUAAGGCGGGUGGAGCUCUCAAAAUGAUUGAUGAAGAAAAAGUCAUACUGGAGUCACUAAUGUGCCUUCGACGGGCUGGUGCCGAUAUCAUUUUGACAUAUUUUGCUUUGCAAGCUGCUACAUACUUGUGUGGUGAGAAGAGAUGAGAUACCGUGUAAUUGAUGAAACAGGAGUGUGUGUAGGAGGGCACUCAGAUUAAGUUGUAUAAAAGGUAGCCCUUAAGGCAUAGGGUUAGAUGUAAGAGACGAGAUCUUUGAUAGGUCUAUUCUUAUGUAUGAGUCCUAAGAUGUAAGGAAAUAAAGAAUAUAUCGGAAAAUGUUUAAUGUAUGUUUUUUUUUUGAACAGGUUUGAUGUAUGUCUAUGAACAACUUUCAUUUUUUAUCAAGUCCAUUUAAUGGUCAGAAUUCAUAAGAACGUUGAAAGUGGCAUGCUUAAUU